AUGAUUUUAAUAGUAUUUGAUUCAGGAAUAGUCCCACUCCAAAUCAGAGCAACCACAACCACAACCUCAAAUUCAAAUUUGAAUCAACCACAUGCAGCUUACAAACAAACCACACUUUUAUCAAAAUCAUUAAUAGUUUGUAAAGAAGAAAGAUCAAUCAAACCAGAUUUAUAUCCACAAUUGAAAGGAAAUCAAGUGAUCUCAGGAUAUUCAGGAUGGUUUAGAUCUGCAACAGCCAAACCUGGAAAUAAACGGUUUGCAACAGAUUCAGGUGACCAAAUUUCCAAGAUUUAG